AGUUCUUUAAGACAAGUAUAUGAAUGAUUUCUUUCUUUGUGGUUUGAGAGUAUUCUUCCAGACGUCACAAAAAGAAACAUUCGUACAAAGUAAUAAUUUACUUAAUUCAUAAUCUUUUGAAAAGAGGAGUUGAUAGAACAAUGGGACGUUCAACGACAGUUUUUGGUAAGAAAAAGCAGCAUAAUAUACUUUACAAAACAACUAACUUUGACCAAGUUGGAAAUAUAGCAUACAACACCUCAGAAGAACAGUUGCAAGAAAUAUUGAGUCAGAUAGGUCCUAUAUUAUCCUUUCGUGUGGUAUAUGACAGAGAAACUGGGAAACCGAAAGGUUAUGCUUUUUGUGAGUAUCCUGACGCGGAAAUGGCCUUAUCUGCCAUUAGAAAUCUUAAUGGGACUGAGUUGAAUGGAAGAACUUUGCGAGUAGAUUUGGCGGACUCAGAUAAGAGGGAACUGGGUCAAUCAGCAGCCAAUAUGGAAACAGGAAACAACAAUCCCUCAACGGCGUCAAAUAUGAAAGCUGGGGCUUUGAAUACUUCGGGAGGAACUGGAAAUAUUCAAGGAUUGUCCAAUCUCGGUGCAAAAGGCUCACUGGAGCAGCUUUCCUGUCAGCAGAUACAUGAAAUUAUGCUCCAAAUGAAAGCUUUGGCACAACAAAAUCCUGAACAAGUCAGACAACUAUUAUUAGCCAAUCCACAGCUGACCUAUGCUCUUUUACAAGGUCAAAUCAUGUUAGGUUUGGCACCACCGACUGGUUGGCCAUCACAGUCUACUCCUUCCUCAAAUGCUAACAACAGUGCCGGAGACUUGAUGAAUCAGACUUUUUAUCCCAGUAAUGUUAUGGCUCCCAGUCUGUCGAGUGGAUUCGCUAUGGGAACUUCUCUCCCGCCCAAUGAUAUGAUUCAACAAGCUGCUCUCCUACAAAACAUCAUCAACUUGACUCCUGCAGAGUUGGAAAGUCUUCCUCCUGAACAACGAGCACAAGUUCUUCAAUUAAAAGCGACACUAGGUGCUCAAAUGGGUCAGCCUGGAUUGGGUUCUUCCGCCUUUUCUUCGAAUAAUAAUUGAGCAAUAUUUAAAUGCUCUUUUUUUUGCUAUGCCAAGUUGGGAUGAUAUCUUCUUACUUGUUGUGGAAGUAUAUUAGCGUCAUUGAAUACAAUUGCCUUUGCCAAAUGUUCGGAUAACCAAGCGUGAUAUAGAAGUCCACGAGAACCUAAACCAGUGUACAACCAGAUGUUACAUUUCUUAAACUUGCUAGCCAAAUCUAAUAUUGGAAUAGAACCAAGUUGUGUUCUUU